AAUGAAGCUUUUUUCCUUCUUUUUGAUUUUUUUAUUGUUGAGUAAAGUAUUGUCGAUUGAACAAUUGAAGAUAGAUAAUGCUUAUGGAAUUCGAAAAAUUGGAACUAUGACAAUGGAUGAUAUGCCAAUAAAGAUGGAUCAGAUUGAUUGGACUACAAGGAAAAGGUCAAUGAAUAUGCGUAGUGGAAUAAAAGAAAGAGUUUACAAAUAA